AUGCACAGCUCACAAGUUGCCGGAAAUCAUGUGAGAGCGGCAGGUGAAGAAGCCCCCCGAUCAACAGUGACUCCUCCAUCACAUAAACACUUCGCGACUCGACUGAGAAAUGCGGAUGAUUUGACUCGUUUCUGUCUUUUUUUCUCGGCGAACACCUCCGAGCUCACCCUUGACCUUGACGACCAUCAGAAUCCCCUCCUUGACGAACCCACUUGGGCAGGGGCGUACGCGAUCGACAGCCAGCCAACGGACCAUAUGCGGGCACGUUGCGGCUCGCAUUGGAGAUGGUCUUGUUGUUUGCUCGGCUUCUGA